GAAUUUUUAAUGCAGUCCGUUUAUUGCCGGCAGCGUAGGCAGUUCGAAAAUAUUUUGCACAGCUGUAGUCUAGUCGUUACGUUUUUUUCGGGUGAAAAAUACUCAAUGGAAGCUGUGCGGGCAACUGUUAAAAUUAUACAUAUAUAACAUUGUAACUGCUAUUUUUGUUUUCAUUAAUAAAUUGUGAUGAGCUAAAUUCAGCUUUUAUUUCGUGUGACUUUAUUUAAAAAAAAAUUAAAAAUAAAAAUAAAUAAAUAAAAAAUGACAACCACAGUUGUGAAAGGCCCUUUUUUUGGCAUACGCCAUCUUCAAGCUUUGCUGAUAUUCUUCAAUAUUGUCGUUGUCUAUUUGAGUCGACUGAAUGUUGCCGUGUCUGUGGUGGCGAUGACAAAUGCCAAUACAACAAAUCCUAAUUUUCCGGAAUACGAUUGGAACGAGAAACACAAGUCAUACAUCAUAUCCAGCUUCUAUUGGGGUUAUGUCUUGACACAAUUUCCCGGCGGUUACUUAAGUCGUCGCUUCGGCUCCAAGAUCGUAAUGCUCGGCUCGACACUUUGCUCAGCUAUCUGCAGUCUCUUAACGCCAUUCCUCAUACCUAUUGGUGGUUGGAAGGCAUAUUGUGCGAUACGCAUCGUUAUGGGUCUAGCGCAGGGUGCCAUGUUUCCUGCCAUACAUCAACAUCUCGGCAAAUGGUCACCGAAAAGUGAACGUAAUCUACUGGGCGUUGUCAGUCAUUCGGGCACCGAUUGUGGUGUGGUCUUGGCUAUGGGCGUUAGUGGACUCAUUGCCAGCAGUUCACUCGGUUGGCCGGGCAUAUCGUAUAUAUCUGCUGGCACUUGUCUCACAUGGUGCUUGAUUUGGUUUUUCUUUGGCUAUAAUAAUGCGCCCUCGGCACGCUUGAUAACACGCGAGGAACUUUUAUAUAUUGAAACGGAUCUGAAGCGUGAAGAGAAUUUCCAUAAUAAAGAUAUACCCGUACCGUGGGCGGCGAUCUUCACAUCGGUGCCAUUCCUCAGUUUGUUGGUCGUGCGUUGUGCCCAAGCCUGGGGCUACACAACACUACAGGCGGAGAUACCCUCUUAUAUGGCCGGUGUGCUGAAUAUGAAUAUAAAGAGUAAUGCGCUCUUCUCCGCUCUUCCGUAUGUGACAAUGUGGUUGUUGUCUUAUGUGUAUCUCAUCGUUUCCGAUAUCGUGCUCACCAAAGGCCUGACAACACUAACUGUAUUGCGUAAAGUCUGCAAUACGAUUGCAUUGUGGAUACCGGCGGCGGUAAUGGUGGGUAUUGGUUUUCUGGAUGAAGAACAAAAGACGCUGGCGAUUGUGCUAAUGACCUUGAAUGUGGGUCUCAAUGCGGGUGCCACAAUUGGCAGUACGUUGAAUACGAUUGAUCUGUCGUCGAAUCAUGCAGGCGUUCUGAUGGGCAUCACCAACACCAUUGCCAAUUUUGUGCCUAUCGUAACGCCACUGCUGGUUGGUGUCAUUGUAACGAAUGAGCAUGAUCGUUCGCUUUGGCAGACCGUUUUCAUAAUCUCUGCCUCUAUUUUCUUCGCUGGCAAUUUAGUGUACAUUCUGGGUGGCUCAGCAGUGACUCAACCAUGGGAUGCACCAGACUUCAUGAGAAGGGAUAAUGUGGAGUAUGCAGAUGACUCUAUGAAAGCACAUCGUGACGAGAUCACCGCCGAUAUUUUGAAGCCAGAGGCCAUUCCAUACUCACUGAACUCAAGUCGUCCUCAUACCGUUGAGUAUCCAAAUGCGCCGUAUAAAGGGAAUAUGUAUUUUGCAUCACCUAGCAAUGGAAAUUCAUCAAGCGUUGAGAAAGUUGGUAAUACCAAUCAUGCUUUCGUGUUAGAGGAGAAGGACGAUUUGAAAACCAUUUUGGAUGGCGAAACCAAGGACAAAGAUGAAAAUCCGCGCAAGUAGUUUAAAUAUAAUACAGAGCUAAGUUAGAUUUUAAGAUAUGUAGAAGAAUGUGUGGGAUAUACACAUCUAUGUAUGUAAAUAUAUAUAUAAAUAUAUAUUAGCUGCAGUAAGAAGUAA